CAGACCGCUUACCACGUUACGUUACCACGCACGUACGGCUGUGAUGAGGGUGUGGACAUCCCCACAUCAUUCAACCUACCAGAGAUAAUAUAACGCUGCCAAUAACUUCCACUCCGUUUAGCUGCAUUACACCGCAAUAGGCUAAUAUACCCGGUUUUGUGUGAGUGACGCUGAGCCUCUCUUAUCGUUUCCCUCAUUGUCCCAAAGGAGGAACUGAUGCUGGAAGGGGCCCUGCCUGCUGAACCCCUCGGGUUACCUCUCCCAUCGGUCCCAGUUUAAUUCUGCAUCUAAUCACACCUUAAGAGAAGAAGAAUACAGCAGGCAAAAUGGAUGAUAUCUUUACGCAGUGCCGGGAAGGCAAUGCCGUGGCAGUUCGCUUAUGGUUGGAUAAUACUGAAAAUGACCUCAACCAAGGAGAUGACCACGGCUUCAGCCCGCUCCACUGGGCGUGCAGGGAAGGCCGCUCCAGCGUGGUGGACAUGCUCAUCAUGAGAGGGGCUCGCAUUAAUGUCAUGAACCGUGGAGACGACACGCCUCUGCACCUGGCUGCCAGCCAUGGACAUCGUGACAUUGUGGGAAAGCUCAUUCAGUGCAAAGCAGACACUAAUGCAGCCAAUGAACAUGGGAACACUCCACUGCAUUAUGCCUGCUUCUGGGGCCAGGACCAAGUGGCUGAGGACCUUGUGACUAAUGGAGCUCAGGUGAGCAUCUGUAACAAAUAUGGGGAAACUCCCCUGGACAAAGCCAAACCUCACCUGCGUGAACUGCUCAGAGACAAAGCUGAGAAAAUGGGACAGAACUUGAGUAAAAUUCCCUUCAAAGACACAUUCUGGAAAGGCACCACCAGAACUCGACCCCGCAAUGGCACUUUGAACAAACAUGCAGGCAUUGACUACAAACAACUCUCACUCCUGGCUAAAAUAAAUGAGAACCAGUCUGGAGAGCUGUGGCAAGGACGCUGGCAAGGAAAUGAAAUUGUUGUUAAGAUGCUAAAAGUUCGUGACUGGACUACAAGAAAGAGCCGAGACUUCAAUGAGGAGUAUCCCAAACUCAGGAUAUUUUCACACCCGAAUGUCCUACCCAUGUUGGGAGCAUGUCAGUCUCCUCCUGCCCCUCACCCCAUCAUCAUCACACACUGGAUGCCUUAUGGCUCCCUGUACAACGUGCUGCAUGAAGGCACCAACUUUGUGGUGGACCAGACGCAGGCAGUGAAGUUUGCCCUGGACAUUGCUUGUGGAAUGGCCUUCUUACACACACUUGAACCUAUGAUCCCUCGCCACUAUCUCAACAGCAAGAGUGUUAUGAUAGAUGAAGAUAUGACAGCCAGGAUCAGCAUGGCAGACGUCAAGUUCUCCUUCCAGUGCCCUGGCAGGAUGUACUCGCCUGCAUGGGUAGCCCCCGAGGCCCUGCAGAAGAAGCCAGAAGAGAUCAACCGUCGGUCAGCAGACAUGUGGAGCUUUGCAAUCCUGCUGUGGGAGCUGGUGACCAGAGAAGUGCCAUUUGCUGACCUGUCCAACAUGGAAAUUGGCAUGAAGGUUGCCUUGGAGGGUUUGAGGCCCACUAUCCCCCCUGGCAUAUCGCCCCACAUUUGCAAGCUCAUGAAGAUAUGCAUGAAUGAAGACCCAGCAAAGAGGCCUAAAUUUGACAUGAUUGUGCCAAUUCUGGAAAAAAUGCAGGACAAGUGAAAAUCCUCCCAGACCCCUCCUGACCUGAACCGGAUAUCCUUACCCCAGAUGAUGGUGUGGUGCUUACCAGUAUUGCCUUAAACUCUUAUUCUGCCGCUGCAUUCAUCGCAUUCAUUGCUUCUGAGACAGAUUCAGCAGCAGUCACGUCUUUUAUAUUGUUUUUUUUUCCCGUCAUUUUUCAAGGUCAUAUUGAGUUUUUAUUUGUGUCUUCUUCUUUGUCACUGAUCCGCUGAUACUGUCUCCGCAACCUGUAAUCACGUGGACUGAGUACAAUCUUCUUCAAUCUUUCAGACUGAAUAACCUGUGGAUGUCGGCAUGUCAGUCUGUUGCAUUGCUUCAGUGGACUUCAGGGCUUAUUUUGUAUCUGGAGUGAACUCACUAUCAAAAAAGUCACAGCGUAAGAAAAAUAAUGGGGGUUUGUUAUUAAAAACAAUUAACACUGAAACCCCUCUUUAGAGGGAAAAAGUUUGUUGUGUCAGCAACAAGCUGUGUAAAACUGAGCAAGCAUGAUGGAUGUCUGAAACAAGCAUUUAAAGAAGAUUAAGAAAAAUGUAUGUGAAUGAAUGGUGGCAGUGAAAAUACGUGCCAGUGUUGUACCAUUCAGCUUCGCUCUGUAGUGAUGUGUAAAGCUUGACCUGUCUUAAGCGUUGGUCCCUGGUUUAUAUCCUGUACAACCUGCUGACAGUGAGGUAAAACUGGCUUUUUUUUGCAGCAAACAUGUUUGUGUUGAUCUUAGGGGUUUUGCCAAGGAUUACAUUCACAAUGUAGUUCAAGAUGGUGGAUUUCGUCUUUUUAAUCCUAAUAAUGUAAUGUAAUUAACUGGAUUACUCAAAUGUAUUGCUGCAAUCUAAUUUAUUUUCAUUGUUUUCCCUUCAGAAUCUUAACAUAAGAGUUUUUAUUAUGAUUUGAAUUCUGUUAACUGUAGAAUUCAACAAAAGGUCAGUCUCUGGUUCAAGAUUCCUGAGAGUAUUUGUGCUUAAAUCGAGUGUCAUUAACAGGUUGGAUACUGACAAGUAAUGUAAUCCCUUGUAGUUUGAGGAAUGAAUACUGCAACCCAGGCUACAAUGUAUUCAUCGAUAUGAUUGGUUCAGUUAUGUUUUCUUGUUGAGCAACAGGACAGUCUACAUCAAAGCUGCUGCCAACAGAAGGUGACUGAGUCAUUAAGGGGUUCUAUUAACAUCAUACAGUUUGUCCUAUUGGGUUCUCGCUUAUUUUAUGAAGUUGAUCCUCUAGAUGACUUCUAACUUGAAAUCAGUCUCAUGGGUUGUUUCCUCUCCCUGCAUUGUUUCUGUGCCUCCACCGGCUUGCUUGUUUGUGCUGAAUCACAGGUUGAAGCCAAAAUCAAGAAUGACUUAUACAAAUGUAUGUAUUUAUAUAUAAGUAUAUUAAAAAGGACAAAUAUGG